UCAUUAGAAUAUUGUUAUCAUUUACUAGAGCUGAGUGUAAUAUUGGUUGUUUCGGCGACGCGAACAAAGUGGGGAAUGCCGAACUUCCCGUAGGUUUUAGAAGUGUUUCUGUACCAUUCUUUGACAAAGGGAUCUUUUUGACAGCGACAUGGUGUUCACGGGUUCCGUCAAAUUAAAGGUGCUGGAGGCUAGAGACUUAAAACCGGCGAUGUUGGCUCAGAGAAGAGUCAAAUCUAUCGAUCCGUAUGUAUCCGUUCAUGUGGAUGAUGUUCAUAUAGCGCAGACAUCUCCAAAACCGAAAACUUCGACGCCAAUAUGGAACGAGGAGUUUGAAAGUGAGAUAGAAAAUGGAGAGACACUAGGAAUAACUGUAUUUCACAACGCAAUAAUGCCGCCCGAUCCGUUUCUGGCGAAUUCGUCUGUGCCUUUGGAAGAGAUCAUCAAUUCGGGAACCUCUGAUAUCUGGAUUCCACUCGAGCCCGAAGGAAAAGUUCACCUUUAUAUCGAACUUAAACCGGCGAUGCAAGACAGAGAGAGAAAAGUAUUCAAGGAAAGGGAAGGCGGCAUCAAAGCCCGAAGAGGGGCUGUGCGUCGAAGAGUGCAUCAAAUAAGCGGCCACAAAUUCAUGGCAACCUUCCUCAGACAGCCGACUUUUUGUAGUCACUGCAAAGAGUUCAUCUGGGGCAUCAUUAACAAACAGGGCUACCAAUGCCAAGUUUGCACCUGUGUAGUUCACAAGAGAUGUCAUUUAGAUAUGGUCUCCCAAUGCUCUGAAGAAAAGCAAGAGCCCCCCGAAGUUUUACCAGAAGAUGACAGGAGUGGACUUUCACGGCAAAGUUCAAUUUUGCGUCGGUUCAACCUUAAUAUUCCUCACAGGUUCAAAGUUCACAAUUACAAAAAACCAACGUUCUGUGAUCACUGUGGUUCUCUUCUGUAUGGUAUCGUGAGACAAGGAAUGCAGUGUGAAGCUUGCAAACUAAAUGUUCACAAAAGAUGUCACAUGCGCGUAGCAAAUAACUGUGGGGUGGAUCCAAAAAAGAUGGCAAGCUGUCUGAGGGAUUUGGGGCUCACAGUAAACAAGCUAUCAGAAUCAAUGAGAGUGAAAAAGCCAUCAAUCCAAUAUAAUGGAUCGGACAGAAUGAUACCCUAUGAUCGUUCUUCGUCACAAGUGGCACUCAUGGAUGCUCAGGAGAACAACAGCGUCAUUGGAUCAUUAGAUUCGCUCUCCAUAAAACCUGACGACCUGGAAGCUUCCCCCGGAGCCAGAAGACGACAGAAGAAGAUUGGCCUGUCUGACUUCAAUUUUAUCAAAGUUCUUGGGAAGGGCAGCUUUGGCAAGGUUCUCUUGGCUGAGAAAAAAGGCACCGAUGAAAUUUAUGCCAUUAAGAUCUUAAAGAAGGAGACAGUUCUACAAGAUGAUGAUGUUGAAUGCACAAUGAUCGAGAGACGAGUUUUAGCGCUAUCUGCAGGUCACCCAUACCUCACAGCCCUUCAUUCCAGUUUCCAAACAGCGGAUCGGCUGUUUCUUGUGAUGGAGUAUGUGAACGGUGGUGAUUUGAUGUUUCAGAUUCAAAAAGCAAGAAAAUUCAAUGAGAAGAGAUCUAGAUUUUACGCUUCAGAGGUUGUACUGGCGCUUCAGUUCCUUCACAGGAAUGGAGUUAUAUAUAGGGAUUUAAAAUUGGAUAACGUACUAUUAGACAGAGAUGGUCACAUCAAGUUGGCCGAUUUUGGAAUGUGUAAGGAGCGAAUGAAACCAGGUGAAUAUACAAACACAUUCUGUGGAACACCGGACUACAUUGCUCCCGAGAUUCUGCAAGAAAAACCGUACGGGUUCUCUGUUGAUUGGUGGGCCCUCGGAGUCCUUAUGUACGAGAUGAUGGCAGGACAGCCGCCAUUUGAGGCCGACAACGAAGACGACUUGUUUGAGUCUAUUUUAAACGAUGAUGUGCUUUAUCCUGUAUGGCUUUCCAGAGAAGCUGUCUCAAUUCUGAAAGGGUUUAUGACGAAAAAUUGUAUGAAAAGGCUUGGCUGCACGGCGAGUGGAGAGCAAAGCAUUCUGGACCAUCCCUUCUUUAGGGAAGUCGAUUGGAUCAGAUUAGAAGCGAGGGAAAUAGAACCUCCAUUUAAACCCGAUAUACGUUCGAGAACGGACGUAAGGAACUUCGACACGGAUUUCACAAGAGAAGACCCUAAAUUGACGCCGACUGACAAGAACAUCACCGCCAACAUAAACCAGGAGGAAUUCAAGGACUUCUCGUUCGUCAACCCUCUGUUCGCGAGCGAAAGACUUGUUUAAUAGCUGCAAAACUUUACAUUGUACAUAGAUAAAAAACAGCAUGAGAUGAAGAAAAUUUGAAAUUUUAUUGCGAAAUGAAAAAAAAUUUAUCUUUUAAGAACGUGAUCGAGCAAGUGUAUUUUUUAGAUUUUAAAUAGCCGUGAACUGUGCGCGCUGAAGUGGUCGAUUUGCGGAAUCUUUAGUUGUGUAGUAACCAUUUGCUGCCGAGUGGUUUCCGCGAAUUACGUCGUUUUUUGUUGUCACGCAACACUUCUUAGUCUCUCAGCGUGACAGUCGUGCGUUAGGGGAACCACAUGUAAUGUAUCGUUCAACAAAAGAAUUCCAGUAUUUGUUCUGUACGUAAAAAGCCGAAGUUAGACUUAAAUCGUGGUAAAUAACAUUUCAUUAUGUUUUUGAUUGCGAAAUUAUAGCGUCACGGUGAGAUUUACUAAUUACUUUUUUUUCAUUCGAGCUUUGCAUUAUCCAGUCGAUUUGUGCGAAGUAAAAUACAUUUUUUAUCGGAAUAUUGUCUUACAGGUAUUAAAGAACUGUCAAAAUUGUUAUUUCAGAGCGCUUGUGCUUGCCCAAGUUGAUCUUCGUUGAGAAGUCGAUAAUAGUUAAUCGAACUCGAAGUAUUAAGGAACCGCGAACGUUUUCUGUAGCUGCAGUUGAUUUUUGUUGCUUGUCAAAUCAAAAUCCGUCCAAGAGGCGGAGAAGUCGAUCACAUUUGAAAUGCUUUUUUUUUUCGGAAAACUUUUUGACAGACGUAAAACACAUCUCUGCAUUAGCGGGGUCACUGAAAGUUAGGCCGAAGACUAUUUUUGCUGAAUGACUUGUGGACUAAAACAGAUUAUCUAGAAAGUGUUUUACGCUUCAGAGAGAACAACAACAGACUUUUCAAAUUCGGCGACGAGGAUUGACUUGGACUUUUUCAUUGUUAAUUUUUUGAUGCAUCGCAUUAAUUUUGAGUUAUUUAUUGUGUAUAAUCUCAAAGAAAUACUGUGUUCAAGAGAACUAGUUUCAUUAUUUUAAACAAGUUUGACCGCAGUAACAUUUUAUUAGUUAAAGUAUUGUUACUGUGGACAAUGUGUAAUACCCGUUUAAUUUUAGGUAAAUUACUUUGUAACUGAUCAAAAGCUUUAAUUGUUUUAAAGGAAAGAUUUUAAAAUGUACAGAAUUAAUUCACCUCUGGUCCCCAAGUGCCCUCGCCAGCACGUUCAACCCUGGUCCCUAGUAAAUUAUGACGUCACUGAAAGGGACGCUUCUCUCGUGUGCUUUGGUCACAAGACUUUGCACGGUAAGCAAAUUAGGAAACGCUUAGGAACCAGGCCUAAUUCAUGAUCAAAAGAGAGAGUUGCGUUUUUCUUUACUGCGUCGCACAAUUUGCGCAGAAGUGACUCAGAUUAAACUAGAACUUGCCCACCCAGUAUAAUAUGGUUACAAGAAAGGAAAAUUGACAAUCAGAUCUUGAAAUUGCAACCCUUAAGUUAUGUGAGGGAAUUGAAGCUUGAAAAUGUGGAUGAGUCAAAAUGCUGACAACCAGUUUGAGAGAAUCAGAGCAUCGUGGGAAAUCAGAGACUUAAGAUACAUACACUUUAUUGACAUCAUUGACUGUAUUGACAGAUGCGUUUCUUCUUGAAUUUGAUCCGAUCUGAAAGGCACUUGUAGUGAAACGGACAGUCGCUCAACACUUUCAUAACGUAAAGGUAUUUUGCCAGUGUCUUCUUGUAACUCGUAAGAUUACCUAAAAUUACAGAACUAGUGGUUACCGUAAAGAUGUUUUUUUUAUCUCUUUCGCCAUUUUCGUGUUGUUCUACAAGUACACAUGAUUUUACCAUCACUAUUUUACUGCCUGGUGAACGGCAUAACGGAAAGGUUCAAUUUCAGUUUUCGUGAUCCGAGCGUCAAAGAUUGAUGACUGUUGAAUAGUGCUAGAGUGUAACAAAUUUCUAUCUCCUGCAUGCUUAACAGCUUGCUACAUUUUUUAAUCGUUUUAAGAGUCAUUAGUUCUUUUGAAUUUUAUCAACGGUUAUCCCUAGCUUCGUAUGUAAAAUUACUGUAAUAAAAUUUAAAAGUCAAAACACAUCA